CGUGCAUUUAAGUGUCCGAGCCCGCGGGCGCGUGCCAGGCUGGCAGCUGCUGGUCGCUACAGGACCAGAAACAGGUCGUCUCACUUACUGUGCUGCCUGCUGAAUACGGUGUCCCAGCUGAAUAAAGAUAGUGCGAGCAAACUACAAACUGCGAGCCCCAGAGGUCUGAGUGGAGCCCUACUCUCUUCACGCUCUCCACACUGGUCUGCAGCCAAGUUCACCCACUAACAUUACUGUUAAGUUUGGCGAUGAUACCACCAGCCUAGAGGUAUGAGGAGCAACAUCUGAAUGAGUGUUUUCAGGACAACAACCUAAUAACACUAAGAAAGAAGAGACUUGUGGUUUUCAGGAGAAUAAAUUGCACAACCUCCUCUCACCGCCUACAUCAGCGGAGAAGAGGUGGAAGUAGUAAUCUUAUUAAGGGCCCAGCUACCUGUUUGGCCCGCUGCCUUCUGGAAGAAGGUACAGAACAAUCUACACACUCACAAACAGACUCAGGAACAGCUUCUUUCCGAAAGCUGUGGAAAUUACUUCUGCCACUAUACAUUACACUGCUUGGACUCAGACAGAGCUUUUUGCAUAUCGUGUACAUCUAUGUCAUGCAGCAGAAAUGAACACUGUCUACAUGAGCACUGUUUUGAAUUUUGAUAAGUGCCAAGAUGUUUUAGUUUUCUAUUUAUUUUCUUAUUAAAUUUUUUUAACAUGUUCUUGUAUUUCAGGGUUGCCAAACGGGUUUUGUUAUACUAUCUACAAUGACAACUUGUCUUAUCUUAGAUAGAUAGCUAGCUUUGACUGAUAGAUAGAUAGAUAGAUGAGUGGAGGAAUACACCAGCAGGAGCAGUUUGCUUACUCAGCAGCACCUGGUCUGUUGCUUUAAAGGAGGCUCUGGCAGGCGGGUGAAACCCUGGAAGUGAACCUUUCUCAGAAUAUUAGCCAUAGCUCAGAGUCUUGCUUGGCGUCUAGCUCAGGAACAGGGUAACUGGCUUGUUUUAAUGACGGGAUUGCACCUGUGAACAGAACUCUUCCUUUUAGCAUCUCAUGGAUCUAACCAUGACUUCUUAGCUUCUGAUGGCAGGAACCACUAGAGGUAGAGUGCUUGGUCAAUUCAUCCCUUUUUGCAUAUUUUUUUAGUUUCUUAAUUCUGCAAUUAUUCUUCAUGCCCAUCUGAGCUCUGGUUUACAGGGAGCAUCCAAUCCAUCCUUAACACUUUGCACAGCUGUUGUGUGUUACAGUCUUCUUCUUUUGGUGCAUUUGUCUUUUUGUUUCUUACUAACUUUAUUUUGAAGAGGCCAGAACUGCAUAUUUCUAUUCAGGAAGUUCUUGUAAAUGCAUUUAAUGUAUGGUGAGGUGUCAGUGUUAGGCAGUGUGUGAGCAUGUGCAGUUGAUCCACAUGCCAGAUUUCAGAUGUUGUGUUGUCACAGUGAAGUCACACCCAGAGUUGUAUAAAAGUCAGAAGUACGAGCAGACUCAAAGCCAGCAGAAAUGAUUAUUACAGAGACACAAUGCCUGUCGUCAUGGCAACAGGACUGUUUGAUACACAACAGUGAACUCCCACAGCUGAGUGUCACCUGAAGUCACUGGGUCACGUCUCAGACCCUCAUAUCCCUCCACGGUGAACGGCUGGUGGUGGGUUUCCUGCACACUGAGCUCAUCCCACCUGGGACUCAUUACCAGGACUCUACACAAAGAGUCAGAGGGACUCUGACUCUUUGUGCUGCAGAGGGAAAGUCAGCUGACAUCAUCAGCCAGAGGUUUGCCCUGCAAAGGCAGUACCAGGAGGAGGUUUGUUGAGCAGCAGUCUGGUUCCAGAUGACUGAAUCUCUGAUCACAUCUCUAUCUGUUCUGGUGACUUAGACAGCUCCGGUGGUGGGAAGCAACAGAGCUUAAAAUAACCAUACAGUAACAGUUUUUGUUAUGCUACACAAGAGGGAGCUGUUGUCAGUUAAAAUGCAAAUGUAUGCAUAGUGUCUUAUUAAAAUACAUCAAGGUAAAAAGAGAGAAAAUAUUCAGUGAGUGCUAAUGUGUAGCAUUUUAAAUUUAAAACUUCACUUUGUAGUUUAUGCCUCAUCAGGGCCGGGUGUGAUGAAAUGAUUGUGACUCGUUAUUACUGAUCCAUGUGAAGAGGGGAAACUGUGCAGACGGUGCAGUUUCUUGACAGAAAUGUCAGGACAGCUUUUUAUCUGAAGCUCCCCGCCUCACUGUCCCACUGUAGUUCACCGGUAAGACAGAAAACAGGAUUUGCACAAAAAGCUGAAUCUUACAGUUACAGUCCUUCAGUUCUUGGUUAUAUCAAACCUCACCCUUCAUACUAUGGUCUUUCUGCAUUCUGUAACUAAGCAGAUUUCAUAGUCAGUGGUGUGUCCAUCUUUCAGGUUCCUUUACACACAGGAAAUCCACGACAAACUGUUGGUAAUUUAAUCUAGAUGAUAAGAUGAGCAUUAUGCUUGAACAGAGCUAGUGCUGAACUCCAGUUCAACGAACUGCAUCUAUGUCUCCCUCACUUGCAAUGCAAGCACAAACCACGAGGACAGAGGAACCUAGGAAACAUAUUUUAACUAACGUGAAACGUCCUUUCCUCUGAUCCUUCGUGUGUCACACAGACAUUUUCCCAGGGUUAAAACAACACCGGGGACUGUGGUGGUGGUGGGGUGGUUUCACGUGAGACAGUGAAACAGGAAAUCUAGCUGGAGGAACACAUUUACUGAAACGCAGGCCAGUGGUUUGUAACAGUCACAGACAGGAUAGUUAUAACGGCAGCAGCUGACCUUGAGGUAAAGAGCACAAGUAUAGUGUUCGCGUACAAAGUGAGCCACCAGGACCGCGAGCCUGCAUGUACCUGACUGGCCAAGGUAGUGAUCCAGGUAGAAGGAUUGUGUGGAUCCAGGUAGAAGGAUUGUGUGAAUCCAGCCUUCAACAGGACGCUGCUCUCAUCCAGCAGCCUGAUGUUCACCGCUGGAAUGUACGCCAUGACAAGCUGCUGCGAGCGUCAAAGCAGCCAGAGCCAAGCGGGGACAGUGACUGAUGAGGUGGAGACACGAUGACAGGGGAGUCACAGCUCCACCUGGCUUCAGUGACUCCUCCCAUGAACAGGUCACACAAACUCCCAAAGCCUCUUCUAUUUUAAACCGGCUACAUGCACAAACGUCUGCAAGCUUUCUGGAACGGGCGCCCCGCUCUCCACAGUGCCGCCCUCCCUCCGCCUCAGCCCGGCGUCCUCUCCUCCACACGGCGCUCACGGCAGCGUCCUGACAGCCGCCCAGCAGCCGCGCCUCUUCCGCUGUUCAAACGCACCGCUCCGCCGGCUUCCAACUCAUCUGGUCGCUACCACAUUUGCUCUUUUAACAACCACGGACCGCUCAGGGGAUUUUUGUUCGCUUUCUAAGUGCAUGAAUGGAGUCGUCGAGAGAUCCGGGCAGGAGCGGCUCUGAGCCUGAAACCCCGCUGACGGAGACGCCGGCGAGCUUGGAGACUGUCCGGGGCGGAGAGCGCCUGACGCCGGCCAAGAGACACAGCAGCUCCGGCUCCAGCACCAGCAGAGGUUUGACAGCAGCUGUGAAGAGGACGCACACAUCUCAGAUUGAAAUCAUUCCCUGUAAGAUCUGUGGAGAUAAAUCAUCUGGGAUCCACUACGGGGUGAUCACCUGUGAGGGCUGUAAGGGUUUCUUCAGGCGGAGCCAGCAGAGUAACGCCGCCUACUCAUGUCCCCGCCAGAAAAACUGCCUGAUCGACCGAACGAGCCGAAACCGCUGCCAGCACUGUCGUCUGCAGAAAUGUCUGGCUGUGGGCAUGUCCCGUGACGCUGUGAAGUUUGGACGCAUGUCCAAGAAGCAGCGGGACAGUUUGUACGCUGAGGUUCAGAAGCACUGCCUCCAGCAGCAGCAGGGUCCCUUCCUCCCGUCCCAGCCCAGCCCGGGCGAGGCCGAGCCACUGUCGCCCCACUGUGGCCUGUCAACCACAGACCUCACAAAGCUCCCUGAUGAGCAGGGAGCCUACGUGGAGCAGAACUCCCCUGAGGGAGGAUCUGUGUCAUCCAAGGCGGAUUCUGGAGAAGGUGAUGGUGGUGGGUUCUAUGUGAAGAACCAGGCGUCUCCAGACCAAUCCGGCCUCGAUAUUAAUGAUAUCAAACCAGAGCCACUGUGUGACUACGGUUCCAGUAAUGGCUUCUUCCCAUACUGCUCCUUCAGCAACGGAGACACAUCUCCGACUGCAUCCAUGGCUGAACUCGAUCACCUGGCCCAGGUCAUCUCCAAGUCUCACCUGGAGACGUGUCAGUACCUGAGGCUGGAGCCUCAGCAGAGGAGCUGGCAGAGCUUCCUGCGGGACAAGGGGGAGAGCUACCAGAGCAAGCCGCGGGAGGUGAUGUGGCAGCUCUGUGCUAUAAAGAUCACUGAGGCCAUCCAGUACGUGGUCGAGUUCGCCAAACGCAUCGACGGCUUCAUGGACCUCUGCCAGAACGACCAGAUCGUGCUGCUGAAAGCUGGCUCUCUGGAGGUCGUCUUCGUCCGAAUGUGUCGGGUGUUUGACUCACUGCACAACACCGUCUACUUUGAUGGGAACUUCGCAGGUCCUGACGUCUUCAAAGCCUUAGGCUGUGAUGACUUGAUCACAUCGGUCUUUGACUUUGCUAAGAGCAUGUGUUCGCUGCGCCUGACAGAGGACGAGUUUGCUCUGUUCUCAGCGUUCAUUCUGCUCUCUGCAGACCGCUUGUGGUUGCAGGAGAAGCUACGGGUGGAGAAGCUGCAGCAGAAGACACAGCUGAUUCUGCAACACGUCCUGCGGAAGAACCACAGAGAGGAUGGGAUGCUGAACAAGCUUAGAUGUAAGGUGUCAGUGUUGCGGUCACUUUGCCAUCGACACACAGAGAAACUGUCAGCAUUCAGAGCCGUCUACCCCGACGUCGUUCAGACACACUUCCCUCCCUUGUACAAGGAGCUGUUUGCUGCCGACCUCGAACUGACUCUGCAGACUGACAACUAAUAGGCGCCACACACUCCACCGAGCUGCAAAGCUCAGAGGGGGCAGAGCCCGGCUUGUGCAGCGGCACAGGACGGGACAACAACUCAUCAAGCCAAAGGCAAACAGCGACACGGCUGCAGCGCCUCUCCUGGACAGCUGGGGUAUGCACAAACCCAGAAACGUAAACUCUUCUUCUCGUCAGUCAGUGUUUCUUCAGCUUCUCCUUGCCGGGCUCUGGGUUUGGAUGCAGCGAGGUGCCGGGUGAUUUUUCUCCACCUGCAUUAACACAUAUCUUGUGUCCAGGCUCUCGGUUCUGCUCUGAAAUUAAAAGGCACUUUUGAUUGUUUACACAAAAACUUGGUUUGUUUUUGCUUCAUUAGAUUAUCAAGAUCUUCACUUACUGCACUUCUGAACGCCCAGUCACACCAAAACAUGGCACCUCCAAAGGUUUACCUGGAGGCUUGGUGACACUGAUGACUAGCAGCUGGUGAGCUGCUCUGGCUAGUGAAGCAACAGGCCUAGAGGGCACAGGCCCUAGAGACUUAUGACGACCACAAGGAGACUCGGAAAACCACAGAACAACUAUAAACUGUUUGGUUCUCUUGCCCCAGUGUCAGGGGCUAUAACAUGUUAGUGCCCAGGUCCCUGCUGUUUCGUAAUCCAUGCAUGUAACUGGUAACAUAUAAACUGGUCCAUCCCAGCCAGAGCAGCUCGCCAAGCUAGCUGGUUGACUAAUCAAACCAAAUGAACCAAGCUUUGGUGGAGCAGUUCCACUGUCAUAAACCAGGAAGGUGCAGCUAAUGCGAUAACUCCAUUCUGAACUUGACCAGCAGUGAAAACACGAUUCAUGUUGGUGUGACCAAACCACCUCUCCACCGUGGUUUUGUACCUCUCUGAACAACUUGGUUUUCUUGAGUUUUAAUUAAAUUUAAGGACACAUCAGAGACAGAAUCUGUUCUGUAUCAUCUCUUGCCUGCUCUUCAGUGGAACUACACUAUUUACACAAAGUGAAAUAUUCAAAGUCAAGGUUUGUUUUUACAUCUGCACCAUUUGUCAAACAGUAACACAUUUGAUUUGGAUAAGGUCUCGGCUCAAAUUCAAAAUAAAAUUUUGGGUUUUGAAUAAUUUUUUUAAAGUUUUGAGCUUGAAUUUUCUGCAGCAUCAACAGCUGACUCUCUUUUUGGGCAGGUUUACUUUUACACCACUGGCAGGAGCCAACGGCUGUAAAAACUCUUUCAUCAGAUUUGAAAACAUGUUUGCUGGGUCAAAUGUUACUGAC